AACUGCCUCCCCUGCUUUUCAGUUACCGCGGAUUGAACAUUUCCAACCGCCUCUCCGGCACGCACCACAAAACCAAGAAUACCUUUUGCCGGUUUCCAAUCACCGAAACAUCAAAUGCCAUUGCGAAGAUCGAUUGUCUGAUCCCGGGAGCGCACUGUUAAUCGUGUGCCUGUCGAUUUAAUUAGAGGUUCUUAGUCCCGUUGGAUUCAUUUUUGUUUUGGUUCGGAGGGACGUCGACGUACUGAUCGAUGGGGCAGCCCGAUCAGGCGCGGCCGCCGGGGAGCGCGUGCGUGUGGGUGGUUUCGGCGCUGCUCCUCCUCGCCGUGCUCGCCGGCGGUGGUUGCCUGGUGCUUUACCUCGCGCUGCCGCCGGCCGAGGUGCCGCAAUGGCUGCCCAUAGCCGGGCUCGCGCUCGUGGCGUGCCCGUGGGCAUUCUGGAUCGCCACGUGCGCAUACAGUUGCUGCUGCUCGCGGUCGUUGCCUCCGGCUCCAGCGCCGGCGGUGGCAGGUAACGUGGAGCGGCAACCGUCGAGGUCGGCCGCGGUGGCGCCGCUGCCGAGCAGCACGAACAUCAAGAGCGCGCUUAGCAAAAAACAUCUGCGGUCUCCGGUGGCGUCAACCAACGACGCGCGGCGGGUUCACUUCGGGGACUCCGUCAUUCUCGGAGAGGAGAAGGAUGACGCCUCGUCGGUGGGCUCGCACGAGAGCGAGGCGCCGCUCGCCUACUCCAUGGAUUCUUCGUGAUUGAUAUGGAUGUGUACAGUACAGGUGGAAGGAUGAUGAUAGGAAUUACAAGUGAGGAGGAAAUUUAUGUUUAAUCAAGGCCGAACCGGAGAAGAAUUACCAAGCUCGCAAGGCUGCCUGAUGUGCAAAUUCAGCAGCUGUGAAUUCUGCAAGUCUAUAUAGUAUUGAAAGAUGCAUUGAUCAUAAGUUUCAGGGGGUGUGGUUCUUCAGUAACCUUUAGUGCAGUUUUAGUGUAGGUGUUAGUGUGUAUUAUGAAGCAAUUGCUGUACAGAUAAGAUCACUUGAUAAAAAGAGAGAUUGGUUUACCUCUUC